AUGACUGCUGCUCAAUCUACUGAAUGUCAUAUUCCAUUUAAUCCUGAAUUUUGUUCAGUUUCAAACAAUGUACUAACUUCAACUUACACUUAUAAGAAUACCAUUGUCUCUAAAGAUCUAGAAACUUCAAAAGUUUCAAUUAAACCAAUUGAACAAGAUUAUAAAUUUAAACUUGAUUUAACUGUACCAAAAGUGGGUAUUAUGUUAGUUGGUUUCGGAGGUAAUAAUGGUUCAACUUUCUUAUCCGCUACUUUAGCUAAUAAACAUAAUAUUGCCUUCCAUAAUAAAGAAGGUUUACAACAACCAAAUUAUUUAGGUUCAAUGACCCAAUCUUCAACUAUUAAAUUAGGUGUCGAUUCAAAAGGUAAUGACGUAUUUGUACCAUUCAAUUCUGUCUUACCUUUAGUUAAUCCAAAUGAUUUAGUCAUCACUGGUUGGGAUAUCAAUUCCGCUAAUUUAGCCGAAUGCAUAGAAAGAUCUCAAGUCCUUGAAUAUGAUUUACAAUCUAAAUUGAAACCAUACAUGAAGAAUUAUAAACCUUUGAAAUCUAUCUAUUAUCCAGAUUUUAUCGCUAUGAAUCAAUACGAUAGAGCUAACAAUUGUUCUAAUGAAAUUCCUUCUGACGUUCAAUCUGGUAAGAGAGAAUAUGACAUUAAUAACAAAUGGGCUGAUGUUGAAAAAGUUAGAGCUGAUAUUAGAAAAUUUAAAGCUGAUAAUCAAUUAGAUAGUGUUAUUGUCUUAUGGACUGCUAACACUGAAAGAUGUGUUCCAAUCAUUGAAGGUGUUAAUGACACCAUGGAUAAUAUCUUAAAGGCAAUCAAAGAAAAUCAUGAAGAAAUCGCCCCUUCUACUGUUUUUGCUGCUGCUUCUAUCCUUGAAAAGACUCCUUACAUUAACGGUUCUCCACAAAAUACUUUUGUCCCUGGUUUAAUUGAAUUAGCUGAAGCUAAUGACUCUUUAAUUGCUGGUGAUGAUUUCAAGUCUGGUCAAACUAAAUUGAAGUCUGUCUUGACUCAAUACUUGGUCGAUGCUGGUAUUAAACCAUUAUCUAUUGCUUCUUACAACCAUUUAGGUAACAACGAUGGUUUGAACUUAUCCUCUCAUAAACAAUUCAGAUCUAAGGAAAUCUCAAAGAGUUCUGUCAUUGAUGAUUGUAUUGAGUCCAACGAUAUCUUGUAUCCAAAGGAAGCUAUCGUCGAAGGUGAAAAGCCUGUUGAUCAUUGUAUUGUCAUCAAGUAUAUGAAGGCAGUAGGUGACUCUAAAGUCGCCAUGGAUGAAUAUUAUUCCGAAUUGAUGCUUGGUGGUCACAACAGAAUAUCUGUUCAUAACGUUUGUGAAGAUUCUCUAUUGGCUACUCCAUUGAUCAUUGAUUUGGUCAUCAUGACUGAAUUCUUCUCUAGAUUAUCAUACAAGAAGGUAGAUGAAAAUGGUGUCGAAGAAAACGCUGAAGCUUAUGACAAUGUCUAUCCUGUGUUAGCUUUCCUAAGUUAUUGGUUGAAGGCUCCAUUGACAAGAAAGGGUUUCAAGCCAAUCAACUCCUUGAACAGACAAAGACAAGCUCUAGAAAACUUGUUCAGAUUGUUAAUUGGUCUUCCAGCUAAUGACGAAUUAAGAUUCGAAGAAAGAUUGGUUUAA